AUGCUCCUGCCGCCCUUCCCGGAGUUUGAGAGCGCCUUUGUGGCCUCCCCUCCGCAUGUCCAGCUGACGUGUGUCUACCGGCUGCUGCGGAUCCUGGCAACCUACUCGACCGAUGGCCCGGCGGAUCCGGCCGCGCGCUUGGCCCCGGCUAGCUCCUUCACCGGCCCGGAUCCCGGCUGCCCGAGCCCGACGGCCGGGCAGCAGCUGCUAUCCCCGCGGCUGGCCGCGUCCCUGGAGCCGACCCCGGCCGAGCGGGCCCUCCGCGGCGGGGAGCUCCUCUUCCUGGUGGAGGCCCUCGGCCAGGGGCUGCUGCGCGAGCGUGCGCAAAUCCAAGCCACCGCGCCGGGCGCCCAUGGGGCCGCGCCGGAGCAGCUGCCCCCGCGCAGCCCGACCGGCGUGGUGCCCGGGGCGCCGGUGCUUCUGUCCCCGCGGCUGUCCGGCCGGCCGACCGCCGGGGCCCUGGCCGAGGAGGACCUCGACCGGGUCCAUGAGCGCCUGGAGAUCGCCCGCGCGUCGCACCGCAGCGAUGCCAAUGAUGCGGCGUACAUCCGCAGCCUGACCGGCCGCCUGGCCGAAGCCUGCCGGCGUCUGCGCGAUGACCCGGGCCCGGCCAUCGAGGCCAUCGAAACCAUGGCCCAGCGCUUGAUCUCGUUGAUCACCUUCCUGCGCGAUGUCAGCGUGCCGGAGGACCUGGCCGCUCUGACCACCGGGUACCUGGACGCGGCGCACGAGAUGACCGCGGCCGUGGUGCGGCUGUGCGGCCAAGAGGAGGCCCCGGCAAAGGCCCGGCCCGAGGGCGGCCCCAUCCAGGCCGGGUCCUUCCGCCAGGCGCGCCUGCUGGUGACCAUCAUCUCCAUGCACCCGGCUUUCGCCGGGCCGCAGCGCGAAUUUGCCGAGGUCCUCGGUGAGCACAUCCGUGUGGCCAUCGACGGGCAUGUGGGGCUGCGCGAGUUCCGCCACGAGCGCGCCCUGGCCCGGCCGGCCGGGCCCAAGGGACCCCGGCCGGUGGAUCCGCCGGCCAUGGCGCCGGCGCCCUUCGCCCAGACGGUGCCGCAGCCGGGGGGGCCCCCGCCGGCCGGCGACCGGCCAGAGCCCCCGGCCCCGGCCGAGGCGGCCACCGGUGUCGGCCGGCCGCCGCGGCGUCCCGGGCUGUCGAUCCAGAUCCCGGGCCGGAGUUGCCCGCUGCUGGGUGGCGGCGAGGCCGGACCCGGGCCGAUGGGGCCGGCCGUGCGGCCGACCUCGCCACGGGCCGGGGCUGCCGGUGGCCCCGGGCGCCGGCCCGCCCCCGGCGGGGCGCUGCUCUCCCCGCGGCUUGCCAUGCUGGCGGAUCUGGAAGCCGAGGCGCUGGCGGCCUCGACGCAGCCAGCCCCCCCGGCGGCCCUGACCACGGCCCAGCCGCCCCUCACCCGGCGCACGUCCAGCCUGCUGUACCCGACGCCGCUGACCGCGCACCAUGUCCAGACGAUGCCGGUGACGCCGACGUCGCCGCGCGCGGCCCUCUCCCCUCCGGCGGCCUUCAGCCUGAGCUGCAUCCCGCCGGGGACCGAGGCGCACGACGGCCCGGGGGCCGUGCGGAGCCCGCUGCUCCCGGCCAUGGCCGGCUGGCAGCACCCGGGGCAGGGCGGCGACGCGGGGCCGACGGCGGCCGGGGCGCCGGGCCCGGAGCAGGCCGGCCCCCCGGGCCCCGGCACGGCCCAUGGCCCCCGGCCCGCCGGCGUCCUGUUGCCCAUGAACCCGGCCCCCUCGCGGGACCUGAUCCGGCACUUUGCGGCGGUGCAGCGCGCGCGCGACCACGAGCGUGACUGGAGCUCGGCCCUGGUGGCCGGGGCCGGUGGUCACAUCGGCGCCGGGCUCGAGGAGCCCUUCCUCUCGCGCAUGGUGCGCUUUGCCUCGGCGGCGGUCGGGGCCCCGGGCGGGCUGCUGGCCCUGGCGGCCAAUCAGACCCUCGCCAGCCAGGCCGUGCAGGGGGCCCUCCUGCGGCAGGACUCGGCCACCGGGGCCGACAGCGGCCUGGCCGAGGGCUGCGGCUUCCCCCAGGCCGGGCCCCUGCGGCCGGAGCAGCCGCAGCCGCCGCAGUACCCGGCCUCCGGGGGGCCCUGCGCGCCGGGGGCUGGGUGCGCCGGGGCCGGCCCGGCCGCGGCCGCCCGGUGCCAGGCCAACGCCCUGCUGGCCGGGUACGCGUGCCAUGGCGGCGGCGGCGGCGGCGGCGGCGGCGGCGGCGGCGGCGGCGACGGCCUCGAGGCCGGGCCCGGCGCUGCCCUGGCCCCCGACCGGGGCUCCGACAGCCGCCCGGCAUCGCACCUGGCCACCCCGGCCGCCAGCAGCCUGGCCUGCCCGCUGGAGGCGGUGGCCGGCCUGCGGGGCCUCUGGCUGCGGGCCCUGCGCCUGCACAAGUAUGCCGACCACCUGGCCCACAUCGACCUGCGCACGCUGGCCCACAUGGACCCGGUGGCCCUGGGGAUGGUGGGCGUCUCGGCGCAGGGGGCCCGGCGCAAGUUGGCCACCGCGGCCCGAGCCAAUUGGACCAUCCUCCAGCGCCUGACCGCGGUGGAGGCCGCCACGGCCGCGGCCCUGCGCGCCACCGACAUGCUCCUGUGGUCCGGGCAGCCGUGCGACCGGCGCGGCGAGGCGGCUCUCACCCCGGCGGCGGCCUUCCUGACCGGCGGCGGCCCCAGCCGGCCGUCCUACCUCGGGCCGCUGAACAUGGCCCAGGCCCUGGCGUCCGGGGCCCGGUGGAGCGGGAUCUUCUGCCCGUCGGGCGUGGCGGAGCCGCCGCCGGGCCAUGCCGGCCUGGGUGUGGAGCCUGCCCCGGCGGCCCCGGCGGCCCCGGCGGCCCCGGCGGCGGCGACGGCGGCGCCCGGCCGGUCGCCCCCCACGGCGGCCCUGCGCCGGCGCUUCUCCCCGCGCGCCAUCGACACUGUCGGGUACAGCCCGUCGGUGGAGCUGCUGCUGGGGGGGGACGGGUCGGCCGGGUCGCCGGCGGGGUCGGGGCCGGCGCCGGCCGGGGCGCCGGCGGUCGCCCCUGCGGCCCCGGGCGCGCCGGCUGGCGGCCCGCCAGCAGCCGCGGCCUUCGAGCCGCUCCGCCGCGCGGCCGACGCCCUGGCCGAGGUCCUGGCCGACACUGUGCCGCAGCUGCUGCUCCCCGGGGCCGAGUCGCUGCCGUACGCCAUCCAGGGCGCGCAGCAGGCCCUCGGGGCCAUUCACCCGGAGUGCACGGCCGCCUGGACGCACCUGCUGAGCGAGCUGGCGGCGCGGGCGGCGCACCCGGCCGCGGCGGCCGCCGAUCCGGGCUUCCGGCCGGCCGUCCGCCGGGCCCUGCAUGCGGCCAUCGCCGUGGCCGUGGCCACCGGCGCCGUGGCCGAGCAUGCCCUCAAUGCGGCCCUCAGCGCCGGGUACGGCCCGGGAGCCGCGUCGGCCGUCGACACGCCGGGCUCGCCCCGGCGCCUGGGCCGCCCGGGCGUGGCCUUCCACGCCGGCGGGGUGCCGGUGCAGCCGCGCUCCCCGCGCCAGGGCGACGCCGAGGCCCGUGGCCCCGGCGAUGCCGACCCUGUUUUGGCCUCGCCCAUGAUGGUUCCCGUGGCCAUGCUGGCCUCGCCGCGGAGCCCGGCGCCCGGGCGCGAGGUGACCGCCGCCGUGGCCACCGUCCACCCCCCCUCCAAGGACGUGCUGGCCAUCGCCGGCUCCUGGUUCGGCCGGAACCAAUUGAUUGCCUUCCUCUCGUGGCGCGCCGAGUUCGACGCCCUGGCGGCCAUCUUCCGGGAGGAGCCCACCGGCCUGCUUGGCCUGCCGGGUGCGUCCCCGGCGCGCGACCCGCCACCCCGGAGCCCUACCGCCAACGGCGGGGCCACCGGCGCAGGAGCUGCUGCAGCUCGGCCACAUGGCGGGCCCCCCCCCGGGCCCCGGGCCGGCAACCGGCUCACCCCUCCAGCCAGCCCCACGCGCACCGGCCCCGGCAGCUGGCGCUCCUCAGCCACUAGCAUGGCCGCCGGCGGGCCGGCCGGCAGCAAGGGCGGAGGCACGCCCAUGGCCGCCCCGGCGGUCCUGUCGCCCGGCAGCCCGCGGCCAGCCGGCGAAGCCCUGUCCUGGCGCUCGUCCAUGGAGAUCCCCAAGUCGGCGGCCGGCGACCGGCCCGCGGUCGGCCCGCGCGCGCCCGCCGCCCCGGAGCCCCGCCGCAGUCCCAUGCUGGCGGAUUUGACCGUGCUCUCCGGGCGUCCAGCCAUGCACUCCCUGCCCGGGGGGGCCGCCGCGCGCGCGCCCCCCUCCCCGCCCGCCGAGCAGGACACCCUGCUGCCGGACCUGGCCGUGCUGAACGGACGCCAGCCGGCCCCGGUGCCAGCCCCGGCGCAGCUGUCCCUCCAGACCUUGGAAGAGACGCUGGUCGGGUCGCUGCUCAACUCCCCGGAGGUGGGCCACGCGGCGGCCCCAGCAUCGGCGAUGAUGUCGCCGCCGGUGCCGGCGUCGGCGAUCGGCCGCCCGACCGAGGAGGGCGCGGCCGCAUGGGGCGCGGCCCCGGCGCCCGGCGCCGUGGUCCCGCCCGGAGGGGGGGGGCCAAGCGACCGGAGCAGCUCGCCCCUGCCUUCUUCGGAGGGGCUGCCGCGGCCUGGUGACUUGGCGCCAUCCGGCCCGACCGCCGGCCUGGCGCGCCCCGGCCCGGCCGCCCCGGCCAGCGAGCACCCCGCCAGCCACACCGGCCUCCGGCCCCUGACGCUGGAGGAGAUGGAGGCGCUGGGCAGCGUAUCGCGCGCCCUUUCCGGCAGCGGCAGCAGCGGCGAGCUCUCGAUCGACGGCGGGGCGCGCCGCACCGGCGGGACCCUACACCAGCGCCAUCACCGGCCGGAGUCCAUGCUGUCGGCCACAGCCAAGCAUGCUGUGCCCCAUGUUGGCGCUGGCACCGGGGCCGCCGUCGGUGCCGGGACCGGCCCUCGGACAUCCUCAGUCGGCUCGCACCUGGCCCCCACCGGGGCUCGAGUCAAUGUCGAUGUCACCCUGUCCCAGCUGAACUUGGAGGCCCAGCCGCCAUCCGACGGGCCGGGCUCCUCCGGCCGGUCGUCCUCCUUCGCCAUGACCGUGCCCAAUCCCUCGACCGCCGAGCUCGAGAAGAGCCGCAAGUGA